AGGGGCCGAGGUGCCUCCUGCACGCACACACACACACACACACACACACACACACACACACACACACACGCCACGGAGUACAUCAUCCAGACGUGACCCCUGCCAGCCAGUGCCGCGGUUCAGAGAUAAGGUGCUGCCCACUACAGGAGGCAGUGCCUGGCCCCAGCUGCCAGGGCGAGACGGAGUCCAUAGCUGGUGAGGCCACUGAGCAGGGCAAGGCCGGGCCCUGCCUGAAAGGACACCAGAGUCCUUCACCGGCCCCCGUGCCUCAGAGCCCACCGGGCUCUCCUGCUGGCCCCACCAUGACAUCAGAGCCUACAUCACCUCCAGUGGUGCCACCUCUCCACUCCCCCAAGUCCCCUGUCUGGCCCACUUUCCCCUUCCACAGGGAGGGCAGUAGGAUCUGGGAACGUGGUGGUGGUAUCGCUCCUCGGGACCUGCCCAGCCCUCUGCCUACCAAACGGACCAGGACAUACUCAGCGACAGCUCGCGCCUCGGCUGGCCCCGUGUUCAAGGGCGUCUGUAAACAGUUCUCCCGCUCACAAGGCCAUGGCUUCAUCACCCCUGAGAAUGGCUCCGAGGAUAUCUUCGUGCAUGUUUCUGACAUCGAGGGGGAGUAUGUCCCCGUGGAAGGCGAUGAGGUGACCUACAAGAUGUGUCCCAUCCCACCCAAGAACCAGAAGUUUCAGGCCGUAGAGGUGGUGCUCACCCAGUUGGCCCCCCACACUCCCCACGAGACAUGGUCUGGCCAGGUUGUGGGAUCCUAGGCAGGUGGGGGGGCAUGCCCACGAGGAGGCAGGCAGCAGCCCAUUCUGUACUCCCACUGUGCUGCUGACCAGCCCUUGGGUGUGCUCGUUUGUCCGUCUGUCUGUGCUUUGUGGCUGUGAAUGUGUGCUUCUGCCCACCUGUGACCCAUGACUUGUGUGAUCUGGCCUAGGGUUGGAUGGAGUGCAGCCAUCAGCCCGGCCUUGGCCCGUCUCUCCUUCCUCCAACCCUGCCACGGAAACACACGACCUUCUUGCCCUCUUACCUAUAUACCGUGGGCCUGCGUCGUGUUCUUGAGAACCUAGGGAGACCCCUCUCCCAUGAGCCUGUUCCUCACUGCUGUCCUCAGACCCACUCAGUCUGGUUCCUAGCCCUGUCUGCUUGUGUUCCUGUCUCCUAUGCUGGACCUGGGUGCUUCCUCUCAGAAGCCAGGCCUCUGAGUACUUUGUAGGGGCCUCCCACUUUAGGGAGGAAGCAGACAAAACAUGGUUCAUGGCCAGCCCGUGCCAUAACUUAGCUCAUCUUCCUGACGCCAUCCUUACGGUGCCCUGGAGGGAACAUGGCAUAGCCAGUCCUCUCUCCUCAGCCGGCAGAGGCCACUUUGAACCCCAAAAAGCUAGGUUCCUUCCUGAGCUGGGAGAGCCAAGCUUAUUCUGUCCCCAAGGUGAGGAGGGGACAUAGUUUCCUCCAGUUUGGACAGAACCAUCUCUUCUGCGUGAUGCACAAGCUCUGUGGAUGCCCUGCCCAGUGCUGGCCAUGACAGCGGCUGAGGAUGCAGCAAUGGACUGACGCACCACCUCAGGCAAGGCCAGAUCCAGGCACCCAAAGGAAUGGUCCUCAGUCAGGGAGACCACUGGCCUUGCCCACCCCCACCCC